CCUUUCGCGUGGUUCCAGGCAGUCUCUUCUUUCUGCGCGUGGAGUUUGAUCUAGCUGGGGGGAUGUGGAGCAGUCGGCUUUUAAGAGCCCCCUUUCCGCUAGGGCAAUGCAGCCCCUUCCGAGCACGGUCUGCACUGGCCGAGCUGCAACAGCUAUUGGAGGAAGAGCUUGAGGGCAUUCGAGGCGCGGGGACCUGGAAGAGCGAGAGGGUGAUAACUUCGAAGCAAGGGCCGCAUAUUCAUGUAGAAGGCAGCCGCCGAGAUAUCCUGAAUUUCUGUGCCAACAAUUACCUAGGACUCUCCAGUCAUCCCAAAGUGAUCCGUUCUGGACUGGAUGCCCUGGAGAACUAUGGAGCUGGCCUCAGUUCUGUCCGUUUCAUUUGUGGAACACAAAGUAUACACAAGGACCUAGAGGAGAAGAUUGCUCAUUUCCAUCAGAGAGAAGAUGCCAUUCUCUAUGCCAGCUGCUUUGAUGCCAAUGCUGGAAUCUUUGAGGCGCUACUGACCCCUGAAGAUGCAAUAAUUUCAGAUGAACUGAAUCAUGCCUCUAUCAUUGAUGGGAUCCGGCUCUGUAAGGCUAAUAAAUAUCGCUACAAGCACAUGGACAUGCAGGACCUGGAAGCCAAGUUGCAGGAUGCGCAAAAAUAUCGUCUGCGGAUGGUGGCUACUGAUGGCGCUUUCUCCAUGGACGGGGACAUUGCCCCCUUAAAAGAAAUCUGUAGCCUGUCUGAGAAGUACAAAGCCAUUGUUUUUAUUGAUGAAUGUCAUGCCACUGGGUUUCUUGGGCCCAAUGGACGGGGCACUGAUGAACUGUUGGGAGUGAUGGAUCAAGUCACUGUAAUCAACUCAACACUUGGGAAGGCACUUGGGGGAGCAGCAGGUGGCUACACAACUGGCCCCAAAGCACUCAUUGACCUUCUGCGUCAACGUUCUCGCCCUUACCUCUUUUCCAAUAGUUUGCCUCCUGCUGUUGUGGGCUGUGCCUCCAAGGCUUUGGAUCUGCUCAUGGAGAGCAAUGCCAUUGCGCAGUCCAUGGCUGCAAAGACUAAACAAUUCCGAAGCAAGAUGGCGGCAGCUGGAUUCACCAUUUCAGGCAAUAACCACCCUAUUUGUCCUGUGAUGCUGGGUGAUGCUCGGUUAGCGUCGUUGAUGGCUGAUGACAUGCUGAAGAGAGGCAUCUACGUCAUUGGGUUCAGCUACCCUGUGGUGCCCAAGGGAAAAGCCCGUAUCCGCGUACAGAUCUCAGCUGUUCACAGCGAAGAGGAUAUUGAUCAGUGUGUGGAGGCCUUCAUUGAAGUAGGCCGUAAACAUGGAGCCUUGCCUUGAUCUGCUGGAGACUAUGAGCUGUCCCAAAGGAUGCCUUUCAGAAGCUGAAACUGGGAACAAACCAUGCUGUGUCUUAGAGUUGACAGCACCUUUGAAAGAGAGAUCAUCACUCAGAUCACUGUUGGUGCUGUGUUGUCUAGCUCCAGCCUAAUACAUACCACUGCAUUAUGUCUCUGCUAAAAAAAGGACUGCAAUGUCCUCAGUGCUUGGAAGAGGGUAGAGUAAUAAAGGUGACAUUGACCUUCA